UUUUAAAUUAAAUUUCCAUGUCAAGGAGAUACGAUUAGAAAACCAAUACUUUCACACCAGAUGGCAGAUUGAAAUAAGUGGAAUAUGCAAUUGAAGCUAUCAAUUAAACUGGGUCAGCACUUGGCAUUUUAACUAAUGAAGGAAUGAUUUUAGCCACAGAGAAAUAGGAAGUGUCACAUUUAUUGGAACACUCAAAGCACUCUGAAAAGAUUUAUCCUAUUGAUAGACACAUAUUUUCUGUAGUUUCAGGCCAUACAGCUGAUGCAAAUAUUUUAAUUAAUUAUGCAAGAGAAGCAGCAGCAAAUCAUAGGUAUUAACUUAAGUCAUAAUCUAGAUAUUAGUUUUAGGAUAAUAUUGGAUUAGAAUAAUUAAUUAUAAAUAUUUGUGAUUACAAAUAAAAUAAAACUUAAGUAGGUGGACAAAGGCCUUUUGGUACAGCAUUUCUUUUUGCCGGAUAUGACAAAGAAAAUGGUUUCUAAUUAUUUAGCACCGACCCAUCAGGAAAUUAUGCUGGAUGGAAAGCCACAGCAAUUGGAAAGAAUAAUUUGGCAGCAAAUAGUUAUUUGAAAUAAGAUUAUAAGGAUAAUUUAACUUUAGAUUAAGUUUUAUAAUUAUUUAAUAUUAUAGGGAUUAGACAUUGCAAUUAAGGCACUUGUAAAAACUAUGGAUACAUCCUCCCCAUAACCAUCCAAAAUUGAGAUUGUUGUCAUUAGCAAAUUAGGCAAAGAAGUAAAAAGCAAAACUUAUAAUGAAAAAGAAGUUUUAGCUUUACUUCAAAAAAAUGGAUUUAGUAAUGAGCAAAUGUAACAAGAGUGAAAUAUUAUUCAAAAUAG